CAAUAAUUGAGUGUGUUUUCGUCGCGACUAUUAGAAUGGCAGUGGCCGGAAGGCGCGCAGCUCGAACCUCUCGCUCGCGCUACGGAUGCGUUCCAUAAACGACGAAGAAUGAUGCGUUCCGGCGUAGACACCGAGGUUUUGCAGAUCAUUAAACAUCCUCUUUAUAAUCCGAUCACGCGAGCGCAUGACGUGGCUAUGCUGCGGAUCGCACUACAUCUCAGUGACAUCACCUGGCUGUCCCACUCCCUGCUGCCCACAUUCACCUUCGGACUAUCAGGGGAAUGUACAAUAUACGGUUACGGCUACAAGGAAGUGGACGCAGGGAUUACGUCAGAGCGGCUAUCAGCUGGUACACUGCGCAUAGUCUCCUUGGACGAGUGCACGGCGGCUCUGGGCCCGUACGCCGCACCUCGACACGACAGCGGCAUGAUGUGCGCUGUUGGCGAUGGCGUCGACGCCUGCCAGGGUGAUUCUGGUGGGCCACUGUUUUGCUCUGGCAGUAUCCAGGCGGUGAGCAGUCAUGGCAUCAGCUGUGCCGUGCCUGGUCUCCCAGCAGUCUACACCAGCGUCGGACCCCAUCUGCAAUGGAUACGAGAACUAAUGCGGGAUGAUUGAUUCUAGAGAUUAAACGCAGAUAUGGA